AUGGCGCUGCUGCCCGCGCUGCUGCUGCUGCUCCUGCCCCUGGCGGCGCUGGCGGCGGCCGCGGUGCUGCUCGGCCUGCCCGGCUAUGACAUCCCGCCCGGGGUGAACCAGCCGGCCAAGCUGCGCCUGGUGCUGACCGUGCUGCUCGGCACCGCCGCGCUGGGAAGGAUUUUGGAGAAGACUGGGCUUUGCAGCCAAAUCACUUUUGGCCGAUACGUGCGACAGGGACGGAAACUAGGGUUGGAUCCAAAGCUCUUUAUCCAGGAUCUGCAGUUUAACAAAGUACCUGUGAGGGUUUAUCAGCCUAAAGCUACCUCGGAUGGGCCAAGGAGAGGCAUCCUUUUCUUUCAUGGAGGAGGCUGGGUAUUCGGGAGCCUUGAUACCUAUGAGAAGGUGUGUCGCUACCUCUCCAGGGAGAGUGACUCGGUGGUUGUGUCUGUGCAGUACCGUUUAGCCCCCGAGCACAAAUACCCCGCUGCGUACGAAGACUGUCUGAGCGCCAGCCUGCACUUCCUGCAGCACCUGCAGCACUACGGCGUGGAUCCUGCCCGGGUCACUGUCUGUGGGGACAGUGCUGGGGGCAACCUGGCAGCUGCUGUGAGCCAGACCCUGGCAGGCAGGUCAGACCUCCCCAGACUCCGUGCUCAGAUCCUCAUCUACCCAGGCCUUCAGGCACUGGACUUCAAUUUACCAUCCUAUCAUCAAAAUCGAGGAGUCCCUCUGCUAUUCCGGGAACGUGCUGCUUUCUUUGCUUUGCUGUACCUCAAUGGGGAUGCACUGCACAUGCAAGAGGUCUUGGAGGGCUCUCAUAUUCCUCCAGACAUGAGGCUGAAGUAUAAGAAGUGGGUGAGUCCAGACAACAUCCCCGAGGAAUUUAAGGUCAGAGGUGUGAAGCCACUUAGGCCCACUGAUUUUAUAGCUGAAGUUUAUGAGACAGUGAAGAGAUUCUGUGAGCCCAACCUGUGCCCACUGCUGGCUGAAGACUCUGUCGUUCACCAGCUGCCAGAAUCUUUCAUCCUGACCUGUGAGUACGACGUGCUGCGGGACGAUGGCUUGUUGUACAAGAAGAGGCUGGAGGACAACGGGGUUCCAGUGACCUGGUACCACCUCAAGGAUGGAUUCCAUGGAAUCAUAAGCCUAUAUGAUUAUUGUGGCUUCUCAUUUCCAUCUGGGAAAAGGGGAUUGGACAGUGUUGUUAACUUCCUAAAAAGCUUAUAG